UGAAGACUUGGCGAACAAAACAGUGAACAUAGAAAACGAUGUAAAAAAAAAAGUUGUGGUUGCAAAGUUUGCCACCACUGUUUUAGUCUCCACAAAAUGGACAGAUCGCUAUAACUAGUCAUCAUGACGUGAAUACAGACCAGAAGAAACGGUAGGCUCUUUGUGUUGUGCCCUGUCAAUUUCGUACUCACUUUUUUUUGAAAGUUCAUACUCUUCUCCUUCUUCUUUUCCUUUUCUUUGGUGGGUAUAUCAAUGAAGACUCAUGAAUUGACAAGAAGACAAAAACCCCAUCAAUGGGAGCUUGUUUGGUUCUGUAACUGAAUCGAAAACGUGAGCUAGAAGAUUUUUCUGGCUGAAGUAGCAAAUUUUCAGUGAAUUGUUGCGGUUAUAAAAGAAAUUAUGGGCUUGUACCAAUUUUUGUGGCUGCUGUAGUAAACUCAGUGAAUUUGUCCAGUUUGUUAUGGCUUUGAUCCAAUUCAGAACCUUCUUUGUCGGUACGUUCCUUGUGUUAGCAUCAUUUUCUGUGGAAUCUCAACAAACUGAUCGGAUAUAUCCUGGGUUCCAAGCAUCUCAGACGGAAUGGGUCAACAAGGGCGGACAAUUCAUGGUGUCAAACAACUCAGUUUUCGGGUUAGGCUUCUACACUAGCUUGGAUGUUCAAAAAUUUCUGCUUGUUGUCAAACACAGGGUCAGUGGCAAAGUGGUUUGGACUGCUAAUAGACGUUUGUUGGUCAGAGAUUCGGAUAAAUUUGUGUUUGAUAAGAAUGGAGUUGCGUACUUGCAGGGUGGAAAUGGUUUAGCCUGGUCCACAAAUAAUACACAAGGAAGAGCGACAUCAAUGCAGCUGAAGGACUCGGGGAAUUUAGUGCUGCUUGGUGUCAAUGAAACUGUUCUUUGGCAGAGUUUUAGCCAUCCUACUGAUACUCUUUUACCUGGCCAGGAGUUUGUGGAAGGAAUGACACUUAAAAGCUUCCCCAACCGUAAUAAAUUGUCCAAUUUUCUUGCUAUUGAGUCUGGUGAUUUCGUCUUGUAUGCAGGCUAUCAAACUCCACAAGUGUAUUGGUCGUUGGUGAAUGAUAAUCGGAAAUCUAACAACAGUGUGAGGGGAAAGGUUCAUUCUGCAUCUCUUGUUUCGAAUUCAUGGAAUUUCUAUGAUCAGAACAAGGUCUUGCUUUGGCAGUUCACCUUCUCCGAAAAUUCUGAUCCAAAUGCUACAUGGGCUGCCAUUUUAGGUUCCGAUGGAGCGAUUGGGUUCUAUAACCUCCAAAGGGGGACUUCAGUCAAUGCUGAGGGAACUAAGAUCCCGCAAAAUUCAUGUAGAAUUCCUGAGCCGUGUGAGCGAUAUAAUGUUUGCUUUUUUGACAAUUGGUGUGAGUGCCCUGCACAUCUCCAAUCUCAAUAUGAUUGCAAGCCUCCGGUCACCUCAGCCUGCAGUAGCUCAAAGAGUUCGGUAGAUCUUUUCUAUGUCGGCGAAAAGCUUGAUUAUUUUGCACUAGGGUUUGUGACUCCCUUAUUGAAGUCUGAUUUACAUGCUUGCAAAGAAGCAUGUCUUAGUAACUGCUCUUGUGCUGUAUUGUUCUUUGCAAAUAGUACUGGUAGUUGCUUUCUCUUUGAAGAGAUGGGGAGUUUAACUCGCUCAGUAGAAGGUUCUGCUGGCUAUACUGCAUAUGUGAAAGUCUCAAGCGGCGGAGAAGAUAAUGGAAAUAAAAGAAAGCAUGCAAUAUUAAUUGUGAUAAUAGUUGUGGCAACCUUACUAGUUAUCGCUUGUUUGGUUUAUGCGGGGAUCUGGUACCUUUGGAAGAGGAAGAAAUUCCUAGAAUUUCCUCCAGACAACUUGGAAGAUGAUAUUUUUUGGGACAAUUUGUCCGGUAUGCCUAUUCGAUUCAGUUUUAGUGAUCUUUGUAAAGCGACCAAGUACUUUACGAUGAAGAUUGGACAAGGAGGGUUUGGUUCAGUUUACCUAGGCAUGCUACCAGAUGGUACUCAAGUGGCUGUGAAAAAAUUGGAAGGCAUUGGGCAGGGAAAGAAGGAGUUUCGUGCCGAAGUUAGUAUGAUAGGAAGUAUCCAUCACGUUCAUUUGGUCAAGCUCAAAGGUUUCUGUGCUGAGGGGGCUCACCGGCUUCUUGUAUACGAAUAUAUGGGAAACGGAUCUUUAGAUAGAUGGAUCUUCCAAAACAAUGAAGGAUGUCAGUUCCUGGAUUGGGAUACUAGAUUUAAUGUCGCAUUGGGUACAGCUAAGGGAUUGGCCUAUCUCCAUGAGGAAUGUGAAGUGAAGAUAGUGCAUUGUGAUAUAAAACCUCAAAAUGUUCUUCUGGAUGAUAAUUUUACUGCCAAGGUAUCAGAUUUUGGUUUGGCUAAACUGAUGAACCGGGACGAGAGCCUUGUGUAUACGACACUAAGGGGUACGAGGGGGUACCUUGCACCAGAAUGGAUUACUCACAGCCCAAUAAGUGAGAAGAGUGAUGUGUACAGCUAUGGUAUUGUAUUGCUUGAGAUCAUCGGAGGCAGGAAGAAUUAUGAUAUGGGAGAGUGUUCAGAGAAAUCCUACUUUCCAUCUUAUGCUUUCAAGAUGUUGGAAGAAGGAAAACUGAAAGAAAUCCUUGAUUCAAAGCUAGACAUUGAUGAAAAUGAUGAGAGAGUAGUCACUGCAAUUAAAGUUGCAUUGUGGUGCAUUCAGGAGGACAUGCAAUUGCGACCGCCAAUGACUAAAGUGGUCCAAAUGCUCGAUGGUCUGUGUUAUGUGCCCGAACCUCCAAUUUCUUCUCGAUCUGGCUCUCGAUCUUGCCCCUCAUUCAUCAAAUGGAGCGGCGAAGAGGGACCUUCGUCAGGCCAAAGUAAUUAUAAUAGUGAUUCAUGUACAUUUUUGUCAGAAACUCAUCUAUCAGGCCCAAGAUGACAGAAGCAAUUCUGAAAGAGAAUGCAGAUUAUGCAUGCAUGGAAUAGUAAGUAAGCUUUCAAAAACUGAAAUAUCUAUUUGUUCUUCCAUAUCUUCGAACCUGAAAUUUUUUUAAGUUUUACAACAUCUUUACAUAUAUUUUUAAUAUACGAUGCUUGCUCCA